UUUUCCCAAAUAAAUUACUACUUCCGACAAAACAAUAUGGCCGACACGGGGAAGAGUUCGCCGGAUUUGGAGUUUUUAAGACGUUUUGCCAGGGAUCAACUCAUUAAUAUACUCGAAACUAAUUCUGGAAAACAAGACCUGGUUAUAGACCAAUGUUUGAUGAAACCUUUGGACAGAAUUGCUGGGGCGACAUUUUUAAAGGAACAUGGUGUUGACAAAAUAUUUAAACUUGAGAGAACAAAGCCUAUGGUGUGUUGCGACAGCCAGAUAUAUCUCAUCCGUCCAAGCAUGACACAGGCUAAAUUCAUUGCAGAUCAUAUAAACGCUGAUAAAAACAGUGGUAUAACGCGAAAAUAUAAGAUUAUCUUUGUGCCAAAAAAGUUCUAUGUGUGUGAAAUGAUCUUGGAACAGGAAGGCGUUUAUGGAGAUGUAAUAUUGGAGGAACUGACUGUAGAUUUUAUCCCAAUGGAUAGUGACCUGUUGUCAAUGGAAAUUCCAGAUAUGUUUCGCAAUUACUUUUUGGACGGUGAUCAGCACUGGUUGGGUACAAUAUCAAACGCUAUCAUGACAUUACAAACGAUUUUCGGAACCAUUCCUAAUGUUUUUGGCAUUGGAAAUUUCGCAAAGUUGGUGAAUAAUAUGUUACAAGUUAUAAGCAAAGAUAAAACUCCGUUCGUUCCAGCUGAUGGACCGGAGAUAGACACGCUGUUACUGAUUGAUAGAGACGUAGACUACGUGACACCUCUGUGUUCUCAAGUAACUUACGAGGGAUUGGUUGACGAUAUUUUUGACAUAAAAUCUGGCAUGGUUGUGUUUGAUCAGAGUGUUACUGGAACUGACAAAUCUAUGACAAUGUUACUCAGCUCAAACGACGAGAUAUAUAAAGAGAUCCGGGAUCGACAUUUUACUAACGUGUUCAGUUACUUAAGUUUAAAUGCGAAAAAACUACAAGUUGGAUACGAUAAACGCAAAGAGCUAUCCUCUGUGAGUGCUAUGAAAGAAUUUGUUUCAAAAGAUCUCCGUAGUCUCCAAACUAAACACAAGUCGCUUCAAACACACAUCGGUGCUUGUGAAUCGAUUUUAAAACUUAAAAAGAAAGAACAAUUUGAAAAUCAACUCAGGGCAGAACACGAUAUCUUGGAAGGUGUGGACGACAAAGACAGCAUAGCCUUUAUUGAGGAAUUAAUAUUAAAACAAUAUCCUCUCUAUCGAUGUCUGCAGUUAAUGUGUCUAAUGUCAGUCACAAGAAGCGGUUUGGACAGUAAAGUUUAUAAAUCACUGAGACAACAAUUGUUACAGACCUACGGUCAUCAACACUUGGUAACCUUGUUCAAUCUAAAAAAGCUUGGUAUCUUUACGGAAAACGAUAAACGAAACAACUUUCGGACAUUAAAUAAGAGACUUUACAUGGUUCCGAAGUCCGGUGGUGAUCCAGUGAAUCUCGAAAGCCCAACAGAUAUGGCUUACAUCUUCGGUGGAUCUUACGCACCAUUGAGCUGCAAGUUGGUUGAGCAGGUGUGCACCCGUGCAGGAUUUCAGGGUCUUGAAGAAGUAACUAAACUCUUAGGAGGAACGUUUCACACAAGACAAGGCACCUCAAACCGAGCAUCAGCUACUGCUGUAAACAGAAAGAAAGUCAUCUUAGUUUUCUUUCUUGGAGGAUGUACAUAUUCGGAGAUCUCGUCAUUGAGGUUCCUUGCAAAACAACGAGGUUGGAAAAUAAUUGUGGCUACCACAUCAAUCAUGAAUUCCCAAAGAUUGCUCAAAUCUAUCCAGGAUGUUGAAUGACAUAUGUUUGUUGGUCAUGUCCAAAUACCAAGGAAUUUGAAACAGAGAGCAACAAUUCCAAUCUAGUUAAUCCAUCAUAAAAAUACACCUGCAAACAUGCCCAAAUUUCAAUGUACCCCAUGUGCCAUAUUGUGCACAAAUUAGAAUUUCAAAAAUUUAUAGAUGCAUAGUCUGAUUGUCAAAGACUUUAAAAGAGUAAAUAUUGAAUAUGGCU